AGAGAGGACUGUAUGUGUGUGUGUGUUUUCGUUUUUGAUCAAGAGAAAGAGAACUGAAGCAUAGAACUUUCCAACGAUGGCACCCAGACGAAGACACAGAAAGCCGCGUUUAUCCCGAAUGGAUGCUGCCAUUGAUGCCAUGGCUCCACUUGGGUUUCCUCAGGAGCUUGUUAUUAAAAGGGUCAAAGACCUUCUCAAGGUAUAUGGUGGAGAUGAAGGGUGGCCUUUCAUUGAAGCGGAUGCCUAUAAGGUCCUCCUUGAUGCCAUUUUUGAAGAGGAAGAGGGAAAUGAUGAAGAUAAAUGCAGAGAAGAUGGGAGUUUGUUUAAGGAUGACUCAUUGCACGAUGAAAGAACUGGAGAUCAAGCCACAUCAGUCACUGCUGGGCCCUCUGGUGCAGUAGUUGAACCCAUUUUCUCUGAGGUUGUCAACACUGCUUCACAGAGUAAUAACACAGAAAGUGGAGACUAUAUUCCACUAGCUGAAGAGCAUGGCAAAGUCUGGAAAGAAAUUGGUUGUACCGAUCCAUCUUGCAGUCUAAAGAAAACAGUUGAUUCAGUCGGAAACACAAAUGGGAAUACUGGAGGUGGAAUACAUCUUGUAAAUGCGCCUGACAUCAGUUGUUUGGAUCGGUCCUGUAGCCAGAAGGAAACAGUUGAUCUAGUAGGAAGCACAAAUGAGAAUUCUCGAGUUGGAAAGCAUCUUGAAAAUGCUCCCGUCUACUCGCCUCCACCUUUGAUUCCCUCAUUACCAAGUAAGAGCCUUCCAAACCGAAGGCACAGACCUUGUUAUGGGUGGAUUGAGGAUGAUGACAACGAUGACGAUUUCAUAGAACUUACACCUGCACCAAGAUUAGCACCAGCCACACUGUUAGGGAUAGUUGGAAACUCGAAUCGUGGGACUGAACAGCAGGUCAAGCGCAAGACAAGGUGGGAUCAGAGGCCUGAAGAUCUAUAAAAAACCUCUCUGGUAUGUUAGAGCUGUAAUAUUGUGACAUGGAUGUUAAUUAGGCAAAUUUGUUUGUAGUUUGUAGCAUUCAUCAAGCAUGUUUUGCUUAGCAGUUGCAUUGAUUAGAUAUUCAGGACCUGAUUCUUUUGUUUAGAAAGUAUCUUGAUUCUUCCCUUAGGUAGUGUUUAAGGUGGCAUUUGG